CUUCUUUCAAAGUGAAAUCCAAAGUGCAACUUAAAAUGCCUGGACCAGCAUCAAGUGCAACUAAUGUCGGUGCAGGGAGCCGAUCCCCCAGCAAGACAGCAGCCCCCCGCGCAGCAGGAUCCACAGUCCGACAGAGGAAAGCAACGAGCAGUGGCACACGCAGUGCAGGCAGGACCACAGCGUCAGCAGGCGGCACAGGGGGCAUGUGGCGUUUCUACACUGAAGACUCACCAGGACUCAAAGUAGGUCCAGUACCAGUGCUGGUGAUGAGUUUGCUGUUCAUAGAGUCGGUCUUCAUGCUGCACCGCUGGGGGAAGUACACCCGCUCCUAAACCCCACCCCAUGACCCUUCACC